CGCUCGUUCACAUCUGUAACGGCGUCUUCUUUACUAGUUUUGUUCGUUACUUAUUUGCACAAUAAAAUGUUUUAUUUUAUCACCUGAACUUUAAAACUUAGUAUAAUUUAACAGCUUGGAGUGUUCAUAGCUAAAAUAAUUCUCUUUAGAAUGGAAAAUAUUGUAGAUAAUAAACUUGGAGAUGCAUCAAAUUUCUUUACUUCCGAUCCUUCAGAAUGUGUUAAAAUAAUCAAGUUGAAGAAUGAUUUUACAUCCGGAAUCUCAACAGUUCCUGAAAUGUUCGCAAAAACUGUUGAUCUUUAUCCAGAUCGAACAGCAUUGAUGCAUCAAAAUGAAGAAACUGGCGAGUGGAUUCCAAUAAGUUAUAAAAAUUAUAAAAAUCGUGUUGAGAAAGUUGCAAAAGCAUUCCUUAAACUUGGAUUAGAAAAGAACGGUAAAGUUGCUGUAAUUGCAUUCAAUAGUGUUGAGUGGUUCCUAUCACAAUUAGGAGUGAUUCAUGCUGGAGGUCAAAUAGUCGGUGUUUAUGGAUCAAACUCAGCAGAAGCGUGUCAUUACAUUCUUGAAAAAUGUCAGGCAAACAUCGUUGUAGUCGACGAAGAUUAUCAAUUGGAUAAAAUUUUAAAGAUCAAGGACAAACUCCCUCAUUUGAAGGCUAUCAUCAAGACAUUGCCAUCUUCUAAUACUCAUGAAGGAGUUAUGAGUUGGAAGGAAAUAGAAGAAAUGGAUACUGAUGACUAUGAUCAAGAAUAUGAAAAGAAUUUAAAGGAAAUAAAAGCAAAUUCUUGCUGCUGCUUAAUAUUUACUUCUGGAACUACAGGCAAUCCAAAAGGAGCAAUGAGUAGUCAUGACAAUAUAAUCUUUACCGUUAAAAACUUUAUUGAAUCAUACAACUUCAGUCAUACUAGUCCAGAAGUCUCUGUCUCUUUUCUUCCAUUAUCUCACGUGGCUGGCUCAAUUAUCGAAAUUUUUGUGAACAUCGGAAUAGCAGGAACUGUUUAUUUUGCUGAUAAAAACGCAUUGAAAGGAACUCUUAUCAAUACAUUACUAGCUGCUCGACCAACUUUUAUUUUCGGAGUUCCCAGAGUUUAUGAAAAAUUACAUGCAAAAAUUAGUCAUGACAUUGAAAAUAUCGGUGGAUUAGCAAAAAAAAUAACAUCUUGGGCAACCAAUAAAGCAAUGAACUACCAUUUGAAUAGAUUUGAUGAAAAAUCAGCAUCAGCAGUUUCAUAUUUUACUGCUAAAACUUUAAUUCUUAACAAAGUCAAAAAAAAGAUCGGACUUGAAAGAUGCAGAUUCUUAAUAGUCGGUGCAGCUCCCACCAAUGUGGACACAAUAAAAUUUUUCCUAAGCAUGGAUCUACCAAUUUAUGAAUUGUAUGGAAUGACUGAAGUUGGUCUUACAUUUGCAUCACAUGCUGGUAAAGUUAGACUUGGAAGUGUUGGAAAACAUGUUCCAAACAUAGAAGCCAAAAUAUUGAAUCCAGAUAAGGACGGAAUUGGAGAAAUUUGCACGCGUGGACGUAAUUCCUUUAUGGGAUAUGUCUUUGACAUUGAAAAGACACGAGAAGUCUUUGAUGAUGACCUGUGGUUGCGUUCAGGUGAUGUUGGAUAUAUUGAUAAAAACGGAUUUUUAUUCUUGACUGGGAGGAUAAAGGAACUGAUCAUUACUGCCGGUGGAGAAAAUAUUCCAUUUUUAAACAUCGAGAAUGCAGUCUUAGCUGAAUGUUCAGCAAUUUCAAAUGCAUUUUUAAUUGGAGAUAAAAGAAAGUUUUUGACAAUGCUGAUUGCUUUAAAGACUGAAUCUGACAGCAAUGGAGUUCCUCAAGAUGAACUAGCUGAAGACUCUCUUCAUCACAUGACAAAUCUUGGAUUGAAUUAUAAACUCUUAAGUGAAGUUUUGGAUGCAGGACCUGAUGAAAAAAUUCUGAAUUUAAUUCAAGAAGCAAUUGAUCGAGCAAAUACAAAAGCAGCUUCAAAUGCACAGAAAGUUCAAAAAUUCAUGUUACUUCCAAAUGAUUUCAACAUGCAUACUGGAGAGCUUGGACCAACGAUGAAACUCAAAAGAGGGUUUGUCAUGCAAAAGUAUAAGAAAGAAAUCGAUGAAUUUUAUGCUUAAAUCCAAAGACUUUAAACAUUUUUGAUACAAAAAUUAAUGUAUUUCUAGUUUCUUGUAUGAAAAUUUUUACAAUAAAAAUCUUAAAAUGUUAAAAAUAUCGAAAAUGAAUGGUGUUUGAGGAAGGAAAGGCACUUAGAACUGCGAACUUAUUUUCAUAUUUGUCAUUCUUUAAUAGCAAAUGCUGGAUUUAUCGAUCCUUGUUUAGCGUUCAUUUCAGUUGAUUCAUUCGUUGCAUUAAUGUCUUCCUGAACUGCCCAUGGCUGAACUUCUCCUUCAGCCCAUAUAAAGUAGAUUAUGCAUCCAAAUAAGUAGAUUCCACCUGUUGAUUAUUAA